AUGACUACGCCGUUGAAGAAAGGGAAGAAGGCGUGCACAGAGUGCCGUCAGCAGAAGGCCAAGUGUGAUGUAUACCUGAAUCCGGAAGAGCCAUGUACGCGGUGUCGCAAAGUCAAGGCGGAAUGUAUCAUUUCAGACCCCUUCAAGAGGGAGCACAAGCGCAGACGACUCUCUGACUUGCAGCGCGAAUCUGAAGAGUUGCGGCGAAAGCUGCGAGCAUCACAGUCUGCGGAUCCACACCCGUCGCCCAUUGCACUCCUGACAGCUGCAGCAGAAUUAGGUAGUCGCGGGGAGCCACAUAACUCCUCGCUUCCAGUUUCCUCUCAUGUAUCGCCAGAGUCAUAUCCACCACAGCUACUAGCCCCAAGCAGUUUGGGGUCGGGGACCCCGACGCCGGCAUUGGAUAACAGCGAUGCGAGUGCCACACUGGCUAGAACUUUGAAUGGCGUCGAGCUCACAAAGAAUGAGAUCGACGACCUGUUCCAAUUGUACUUCCGCCACUAUUCCCAAUUCCUUCCCAUUCUUGACCCUCAUACAUCACCCAAUGCUUAUUAUUCCCAAUCCCCGUUCCUGUUUUGGGCGGUUAUUGGUGUUUCAUGUCGGGUCUAUCCGAAAAAUCCAACACUGUUGAUGGCGUUGGCACGAAGUAUCAUUGAAAUGGCAUUCAUGUCUGCUUUAUCAUCGUCACCGGCUUGGCAUACAAUCCAGGCUUUCUUGUUGAUCAUACAAUGGCCGUUUCCAAAAGGCGACCACCCCGAUGUGAGCUUUACAAUUGCAGGCAUGAUGUUACAUAUCGCCUUGCAGAACGGCCUACAUAUCCCGAUGUCAAGUCACGAGUUUUCACGUCGAAAGAUGCCCGUGCCUUCUGAGGCUGAUUUGCUACGUCGGUCAGAACUGUGGGCUCUUUCUGAGGUUUUCUACCACCGCGUCUGUAUGCAAAAGGGACAGCUGCCUCGUAUCAACCCGGCUCAAGAUCCAACGCAGCGCCAAGCGAUUCUCGAUAAGAUUGCUCCAUGGAUGGCGCUCAAGCUUCGCUGCCAGGGAUUGGUUGGUCGAUGUAGCGAGGCGGUGAUGGAGAAUGGAAUAAGCGCAAUGUCCAUGGAUCAGGAACGUUCCCUCGACAUUCUACUUCGUACAUUCGAAGGUCAGAUAGAUGACCUAGAGCUACAAGCAGUAACUGACGACGAGAGGUUCGAUGUGUUCCUCAGUCGCAUGGCUAUCCAAAACUUCCACUUCUACAAGAUUCAAACAUGGGUCUCAAGCGCAUGCUUUCCACGUGUCCUUGUUACAGCAUGUAACCUGAUCGACUAUAUCCAAUCCCUGACCGAUCGAGUGAGCAGCCUUGCCAUGACACCCGCUCAGAUCCACUUCGGAUUACUUCUGGCCUCGACCUCCUUACUAAGAAUCUUGAAAAGUCCCGCCGCUUCCCACGGUCUAGAAACCAUUCGCGCGCGUUCGUCCCUCUUCACAGCUAUCAACCUCGCUAAGCAAAUGUCUGUCGAUAGCGCGGAUAUGGCAUCCAAGACUGUAAUCAUCCUCAACGCCGUUUGGAACAGCAACAAAGCAUUUCGCAGGCCAGACGGCUCUGAAUUUACUGUGCUACGAAUACGCGGGCGGCUGGUGCUGAGUCCCGUCAUCGAUACCGUCUGGUGGUGGCGGGAUGAAUACGAUCCUCCAACUAGAUUUCGAUCCGUUGUGGAACCUGCUGGUGGCAGUGUAUACUGUCAAUCACGGGCUAUUGCCGUGCCUGAAACAAGACCCGUUGGAUCGGGCAUCGACACACACCAAGAUAUGGCUGGUGGAAUCAUCCAGGAUGCGUUCCUUCUGGAUGAACAGUUCCUUGCUGAUUUUGAGUGGGCGUUGACUGACGAUGCACUGCUUUCAUUGGAUCAUCUUCCGAACUAUUGGUCCACCACGGAUGCCAUUAUGUAA